AUGCCUAGUCGAUGCCAGGCAUGCCGCAACCUAGACAUUUGGCGAGCUACGGAACGCCUUCCGGGGCACACUCUGUCCGCCCUUGUAGAUGGUGUUGUUCUUGCCAGACUCAAGACUUUCGAGGACCCUCGCGAUUGCGAUCUAUGCCAGCUCUUCUCUCGCCUGUACGUUGAAAUCGACCCGGCAGCCUCCGGCUCCGUCCACACAGCAGAACUCCGAGCCUUCCCUCUUGUGCCGCACAUUGCUCUACGGUCGCUCAGGCAAGGCUUCUGGAAAGGCGACACGGGGUACUUAUUUGAGGCGGAGGACUUGACCGACUUCUUCCUUGCUGUCGUGCCGUCUGACUUCACUCACACAGGCGGAAGGGACAACUCGCGGUUAGAGAAGCUCAUCUCCAAGCAGGGACUCGUUAUGUGGCAUCGGGAGAUACAGAAGAACACAAGGUUGUUCUCUCCACGCAUUGUCACGCCCCAAUUCAACGCUCGGGUUGUUAUGGAGUGGCUGGACUGCUGCAAAAAGUACCACUCGGCUUGCCAUCGCGGUCAGGGCGCUCUGCCCAACAUGCGACUUAUCGACUGCGAGACCAGAAGCGUCAUCACUGUCGAGUCGCUCCCUACCGAGGGUCAUCCGGAAUAUGUGGCGCUGAGCUACGUAUGGGGAAAGAGUACGAGUAGCCUCUUGGACUUUACGGACACGGGCACGUCAUUACCCAAGAAUCCGCCCCAGGUCAUCGAGGAUGCGAUGAAGGUUACCGCUGCACUCGGCUACCGCUUCCUCUGGGUCGACAAGUACUGUAUUGACCAGCACGACAGCGGUAAGAAGCAUGAGCAGAUUAUGCACAUGGAUUUUGUGUAUCAGAAUGCGGCUCUCACAAUCGUCGCCGCUGCUGGAGACGACGAGACUUGUGGUUUACCUGGCGUGUCCACCGAGCGGCCAUCACAACAAAGCUUCUUCCCUCACGAGCGGUUCAACUUGCGCUCGGCCCUUCCGUCCCCUAAGCAGAGCAUUCUGGACUCUCGGUGGGCUACAAGAGGGUGGACGUAUCAGGAGGCUGUCCUAUCGAGCCGACGCCUCAUCUUCACGCGAGACCAACUUUACUUCGAAUGCGGUUCGAUGAACUGCCAUGAAAGUUUGCGAGUCUCAUUCGACACCUUGUAUCGACAAAGAAGGUCACACCUUGACGACUACAUUGGCCGUUCGCUCUUCGGAUCUGAGCAUUUGAUACCCCAGACCGCAAAAUACGACGAGACAUCCAGGCUGAACAAAUUUCUUGCUUACACACAAUGCGCCGAGCAGUACUCUAGACGAAUACUAAGCUUCGACGAAGACGGUAUGAAUGCAUUCGGGGGCAUCAUAAAGAGGCUAGAGUCGACGACAGACUUUCCCGUUCGGCAGAUAUGGGGUAUACCAUUCUUCCAUCCAAAGGACGACAUACUUGCGUCUGUAGGGAGUGUGGACUACUCGGGUUACCUUUUGACCGCGCUGGCCUGGAGGCAUGAGCUAUACAAGCCCACAAGGCGGCGCAAGCAGUUUCCUUCUUGGUCCUGGACGGGAUGGGAAGGAUCGGUCACUUGGCCAAACCCGGUGGAUUCAAACAACAUCCAUAGUCCAGCGGGUGUCGACAUGGCCAGCAUCCAGCUGUACCUGGAGGACGGCACCACAUUACCAUUAUCUGAACUUGAUCCGCGGAGUCCGGACCAGAACUUUUCGCAACCAAGAGCUCUACUAAUUCACACUUCCGCCGUUCCAAGGACGGCGUUCAUUUCCGACGGUUCCAACCAUAGCAUGCGACUUGCGAACGGCGGAGAAGUUCGGCUGUAUCCCAGUAAGGAGGAUUUGGAUGCACCAAAAGUAUUCAAACGGAUACAGACUGGACGGUACGAGGCCAUCAGGCUCGGCACCAUCAAUGACGACGCAUACAUGAUGCUGAUCAAAUGGUACCGAAACUCGGCGUAUCGGAUUGGCACACUCGUUGUUAAUAAGUACUAUCUAACAUACUCUACGCCUGUGGCGAGAACGUUCAAAAUCAAAUAG